UUAGCUGACCUUGUUUACACACAGAGAAGAUUGCAGGGAAAGAACGGAAUUGUUUUUCUCUUCAAAUCAGCCAUGAGGCUUUUACUAGUCCUCGCUUCUCUUGUUCUCCUUUCCACGGCUGAAGUUAUCGCAGUAGGUAAUGCUCCUGACAUUGGCCAGCCAGGUAGCUCCUGUAGUCCUCUUGUGGUUGGCAAAGGUGUAAUUGUUCAAGACAGUUGCACUAAAGCACCAAGCUCUCCCGGAACCGUUUGUGACUUGGCAUGUCCGAGCGGCAUGAAAUUAGUGGGACCCCCAUUUCAGCGAUGUGGAAGUGAGGGAACCUGGACUCCACCCAGUGGUCCCAUCCGUUGCGAAGAUAUUAAUGAAUGUGAGUACGACAAGGGUGGCUGCAGUCAUGAAUGUGUGAAUGAUGUGGGCAGUUUCAACUGUACUUGUCCCAAUCCGCUGGUUCUAUCUGAUGAUAAACUCAAUUGUAGAGCUCCUGGUCUCCUCCUAAACUGCAGCACACAUGCUAUCGAGGUCACAGUCCCUAAAACAGCUUUGCGCGACCUGCAAGGAGACUUCCUCAGCCUCCUGGACCCAUCGUGUCCCGUAAUAGAGACACCCACGCAUUACAUCUUUAAGACUGGAUUGGACAAGUGUGGCACCAAAAGACGCAGUACUAUGGACUUCAUCGUCUAUAGCAAUAAAAUCGUGGAGAAAAAGGCUGCUCCUGGCAGUGUCAUUACUCGGGUUGGAGAAGACGAGUUCGACAUCCCAUUCUGCUGUUAUUACUUGAACAACGGGAUCACCUCAGCGGUUGGACUGAAGCCAGAGGUCAAGCAGCUGUACAUUGAUGAAGAAGGGUAUGGUCGUUUUUCAAUCCGCAUGGAUUUCUAUCAUGGUAAAGAUUACCAGGAUGUUCACUCAUGGAGUGACUUUCCAGUGGAGGUACCAUUCCGUGAGAGGCUGUUCUUUGAAUUAUCCAUUGCUACUUUGGACCAAAGUCUUGAGAUUAUGGCAGGAAAUUGUUGUUCAACACCUACCGCUGACCAUAAAAAAGUGGACAGAUUCAGGCACGAACUUAUCCACGAAGGGUGCCCAGUCGAUGAUACAGUAAAGAUGGAAGAUUCACCUUCUCGUCAGAAGAAACGCUUCAGUGUUGAAGCCUUUAAGUUUGUGGGUGAUUUUCCCUUCGUAUACCUGCAUUGCAGCGUGGUCGUUUGUAGAGCAAGUGAUCCCGAUUCCCGCUGUUCCAAAGGGUGCGUCCCAGGUUUACACGUUAACCCACCAUGGGACGUUAUGGAGAAGCUAAAAAAGAAAGAGGAAGCGGAGCACAGAAGCAAGCGAGCCCUAGACUAUAAGGACCCCGAGUAUUUAAUCUCAAAGGGACCCUUUUCUAUGAAUGAGGAUAGUUUAAAUGAUGAACCUGUGAUCGCUCUGAAAGGACCUCAACAGGAUCAGUCUAAAUUAGAGGAGGAUGAGCAAGGGAAAAACGAAGAAAAGAAAGGGUGGAGCUCACGCGUGACAAACGGUCUCAUGGUUGUAAUUGCUACGGCAAGUGUCCUCGCUCUCGUGGGCGUCAUCCACGUCACACGCAUGAUGAAACGCGGCCGCAAUUACAAGGUGGUCGACCAGUUUUGAACAAUGGAACCUUUUACGAACCUUUUCUCGAUUGCCCUUUAGAAACUUCACAUUGUGCAAACCGUGCCAGCUGAAAAGUGAAUAUUUUUCCUUGCCAUCUAUCCUGCUUUUUCUCUCUCAAUAUUUCAUCAUCGGUGAACGCAAAAGUGAGAAAAAAAAUCUGAAAGGUUUUAUGGAGAUAACAACUAUACUUGCCUUUGAAUGAUCCAAUUUCUGAAUUUUGUGUUUGUUAAUUCUCUUGAACGACACAUUUAUUUCGUUCCUUAUUUCGAAAAGCAAACCCUAACAGUUGAUAUGAAUAACAAAUUUCGUUAAAUUUUUGGCAGUUUCUUUCAUGUAAAUUAAUUUUUUUACACACUAUAUGUCAAACUGUUUUCAUUUAUUUAAAGAUAUUUUAUCAAAAAAGAGUUAAGUGGCAACUUUUAGAUCAGGGUUGAUUUUAAAUUCAUAGCGCUGUAUACAUCUUUUCUGGUGUUCCUAUGUUACACAAGAUAGAUUAGUGAAGGAUUCUGUAGAGCAAGAAUAAAAUAACUUCGAAAGUUAA